GCCUACUCCAGGGCCGGCGUGUCCAAACACAUGUUAUGGUUCGACUUGCGACGAACGUAUGGAAAUUGGCUCGCAGUCUGCUGAAGGCCGACCUUGGACUUGUGCAUUGCUUGAGAGUGCUGCUGGAUGUGAUUGUGGCGGGUGUCUCUGCCAGACAGCGGACGCUACUUCCACAGAUGUGUUCACGGUACCUGGCUGGUACAUUGCAGACGAAACUCUUCCAUCAGGCGUGACGUCAUCAGAUCUCAUGUCUUCAACGGUCUACAAAGCCGGCAAAAUAUCUGGUUUGUCUGCUGUGUUGUCCGUGCCAGCGUCUGACAUUUCAAUUACGGGCUUCACCGUAAAUGACGGAAUGUCGGGCGCAGUCUCCGUGAAGAUUAGCUUCACGAUUCGGGCCGCCGACGAACAUGCUUCCACUGUCAUCUAUUCCACGCUUGCUGGAGCUGCAACCGAUAUCAAAGUCCAAACUGACAACGCUAUGGCUGCCGCUGAUUGGAGUGAUGAAUUUGUGAUCACCGCCGCUCCUAUGAUGACGAUUCCUGUUGUGGCCAUUCCUGGGAUGGCGACGCUCGCGGACAUCGCAAAGGCGGAGGACACUGUUGCUUUCCAGCUGAUCGCAUCGAACUUGUCAAGCAUAACGACGACGAUCGAGGGAAUAGAGCUCACUGUCACCAAGGCAAGCGUGAGCGAUGCCAUCGACGGGCGUAUCCCACUGCCAGACGUGAACGCUGCGACUGGCGUGGAAGUGGGUCUACCCACGUCGCUAUUUGACGCCGUCGGAGUUGAGAGAGCGCUGGUCUUGGCCGCGAACCUCCCCGCAUCGGCCGUGCCCGCGGGAGCUCCAGGCAUGCAUGUAGAGGGCGCGAUCAGCAUCACCCUGAAGUCUGUCGAGGACUGUUCGACCCUGUCAGUGACAGGCCUCCCAGAUCCGAUCUUCAUCGACCUGCCGAACGUGAGCGACGGCCUCGCUUGCGCCUAGUGGAGAGGCCUUACGGCCGGUGCCACUGACCCUCAACGACGACGACGAAGCUGACGUGGGUCCAAGUGUUCGCGUAGCCCAUUGGAAGACGAGCGAUGUCACCCUCUGGAACUGAAUGGGUUCCGGGUUUCCUUACUGAUAAACAUUCGUGGCCGCGGUUCGUAACGAUGGUGGUACUCGUAGCAGUAGUAGUAGUCGUAUUAGCAGCAGUAAUAGCAGCGGAACGGAAGUAUAAUUUCAGGAGGCCCAGGAGAAAGCUUGGAAUGGCGACGGCGACGACGACGACGACGAGGAGACGACCAAUGGAACUGCGACGAAUGAAAGAGCCUCGUCCACACGCCGACAGGGUCGGCGGAUUUCGACGAAGCCAUGCUGGAAUGGAGCUCCGAGGGCAUGGCAACUACGCGCCUCGCUGACAGCACGCUGCGGUGCGCGACCACACACCUCACAGUUUUCGGGGCCAUACUGAAGGGCUUCGUGAGCUCGCUCGAGUGCAGCCAGGCCAGCCUGCUGUCAGCAGAGUCCUACGUGGAGUUGUGGACUGGCGACUGGUUGGACUCCGCGGGCUCGGUGUUCCUGCUGUGUGUGAUGUUGUUGUACAUCGCCAUGCUGUUGACCGCGCACGCGUGCGACGUCAGGGACGAGCGGGCGGGCCGCUGGGGCACGAGGGAGUUCGUCGUUCCCGAGCUCGCGCGUGAACCCGUCGCCUGCCCGACGACGCGGGCGGACGGAUACCACACCGAGACGACGGGCGCGCCCCCGGUGACCCUGCUCGGUGCCGAGCGCGCAAACGUCACGGAGGUUCUGCGCAAGCAUUUCUGUUUGGAAACUUCGAGCUGCAGCGCCGUGGGUGCCGAGGACCGCGCCGCGGCGGGCGCGCCUCGGACAGUUCCGCGCGGCGCCGAUCACACGCCCGUUACGGAGGCGUUGCGCAAGGAGUUCUGCAAGAAAAGGUCAGACGGCAGCGUCGCGAGCAGUCAGAGCAGUCAAUGCCACGCGGUGGCAGCUACAUCGUCAAGGGCCAGCUAUACAACCGCCGUGGGGUCGUUGCAGUCUGCCCGCCAGGCGGUCCAGCAGGACACAAAGGCGUCUUGCGAGGAGCUGUUGCAGGGCGCGCUCUUGGAAGUCGUCAGCAUCGUCACCAAGUGCGUCGACGGCAUCCGGCAAACCGUCGAUGUGUUCGUCAGUUUCGUGUGGGAACUUCUCAGGGGCAAUUUCGGCCUCAAGGAUCUGGCCAAAACGCUGGCCGAGUGGAACACGACGAAUCGGGUGUGCGCGUCUCUGCUCAUGCACCCCAGAGAUGUGGACUUCCUGCCCAGCCCAGAGGUCCAGAAGGAGCUGGAGCCCCCGGCGCCGGGCGAGCUGGACAGCGAGGGCGCUGCGCUGCGCACCCUCGCUGGCUCCGCUGCCGAGGGCGGCGUCGCCGAGGCCAAGCGGCGGCACGACAUGCUGGCCGAGAUGGUCGGCAGGGUGCGGGCGGCCCGUGAGAGCGCGCUGCGGCGUCGCCGCUCGCGGUGCCACGCGGCUCGCACGUUGAUGCUAUCGUGCCUGAUCAACUGUCCCGUCGGGGCGGUCUUUGUGCGAAGCAUCAUCAUGAGGAGAUCCAUGAGGGUACUGCUGCUCGGCUGCGAGCUGACGGGGGCCGUGAUGAUCGCUACGUUCUUCUUCGCGAGCACGGGGGGGGCUCUGGCGAAGGACUCGCCCGAGGAGUGCAACGCGGAGUGUGACGACCGUGACGACGAUUGCAUGUGGCAGGCGCUUGGAAAGUUGAUCGCAGUCGGUGUGGUCUCUGCGCUCUUGGCGAGCAUCCAUCCAUCAUCAAACUGGCGCACCAGCGUCACUUCGUGCGAGUUCCAACGGAGGGAUGUCGAGAGUGGGAGCUGCAGCUAGGGAGGUGGCGCAGGCGGGACGCCCUCGUCUACGUGCUGGGCACGCUGUACAGCCUCUUCGCCAUAAACUACGUCGCCCUCUUCUUCGCAAACGUCUCCUCCAAUGACCACCUGGAUCUGAUCAGCUCUGCUGGCGUCUCCUUCGCGCAGAGGCACCUCCUCCUCCCACUGCUGUGGGCUUUCGUGGUAACCAGCCUGGCACUGUGCGUGUGAGGGUGGGCGCGGCGAAGGAUGCAGAAAAAUUCGCACCCGGCCGAGAACGCACCCAGCCGAACUCGCACCCGGCGGCUCUGGCAUUCUCCCUCGGCUUGGCCUCCUCCGCAGGCUGGAAGACUCGCGCCUGGCCGACCUCGCGCCUGGCCGAACCCGCACCAGGCCGAACUCGCGCCGGGCCAAGCUCGCGCCCGGCCGAACCCGCCCUAGGCGCGCUCGUGAGGCGGCCGUUUUUAUCGUCGGGCGGCGAACGCGCAAGCCAUGACGCAACCAAUACAAACGACGUUGGCAGGUGCAUGCGCAUGCGUCGGGGGGCUACGCCCGACACAUGUUUGCUGUCUGGCUUGGCGGCGGGGCAUACCCGGCGAGCUGUCUCGUGAUUUACUACAUAUGGUCGAAUGACAUUUUGUCUUCGCAGCAUAACUCUUUUGACCGAUGGCCACAUGGCCUCCUCCACUUCCUCUUCCAGCUUCCUACUC